CCUGACGGGUCUGCGGGAGCUGGACCUGCGGGGUUGCGAGGGGCUGACUGGGUGCGGGCUGGGGGCGCUGGGCGGCUGCAGCGCGCUGGGCAGCCUGGAGCUGGACCGCUGCACAGCACUCAAGUGCGGUCUGUCCCUGCUGUGGCCCCUGUCCGGCGGCCUCACCCGGUUGCUGCUGGGCUGGUGUCCGGGGCUGGGGGACGCGGAGGUGGGGGCGCUGGCGGGGCUGAGCGGGCUGCGGGAGCUGCGGCUGGCGGCGGCGCAGAUCACCGACGCCGGCCUGUCCCAGCUGUCCCCCCUCACCCGCCUUACUCGGGUG